GCCUUGAACAUGUACGGCAACGAGAUCGGCCCCGAGGGCUGCGUCGCGAUCGGCAAGGCGCUCGAGGUCAACGAGGUGCUGAAAAACCUCGACCUCGGCGAAAACUUUUUCGUCGACGAGGGCGCGAAGGCGAUCGGCGGCGCUCUCGCAGUCAACGCGGUGCUGAAAACCAUCGACCUCAACGGCAACUAUCUUGGCACGGAGGGCUGGUGCGCGAUCUUCGCGGCGCUGCGAGACAACAAAAAGAACAAGAUCGAGUCAUGGCACCUCACACGCCAGGGUAUCAACGCGGAGAUCGCCACGGUGCUGGCGGAGUACGUCUCCGGCAGCGGGGUGCUGAACGAGCUCGACCUCCGCAACAACAAGAUCUGCGACGAGGGCGCCAAGGCGCUGGCCUCCGCUCUGCGCGUCAACGCGGUGCUGACCUCCUUGGACGUGAGCGGCAACGACCUCACCGAGGAGGCGGCCCGCGGCAUCGUGCGCGUCGAGCGGCAGCGUAACAAGCUCACCUCGCUGCAAAUGGCUGGCUGCAAAAUCGGCCCGACUGGCGCCGCAGAGAUCGCCGAGUACGUGUCGGGCAGCGGGGUGCUGAAAAACCUCAACCUCUACUACAACAACAUCGGCCACACGGGCGCCAUCGCGAUCGCCGAGGCUCUGCAGGGCAACGGGGUGCUGAACACCCUCGACCUCUACGGCAACAACAUCGGCGCCGAGGGCGCCGCCGCGAUCGCCGAGGCGCUGCGCGGCAAUGCGGUAUUGACCGAGUUGGAGCUCGGCGGGAACGGGAUCAGCGACGAGGGCGCCACCGCGCUGGCCUCCGCUUUGGAGGUCAACGGGGUGAUGACCAACCUCUGGCUCAGCGACAACAACAUCGGCGACGAGGGCGCCAAGGCGCUAGCAGCCGCUCUUCGCGUCAACGGGGUGUUGACCAACCUCAACCUCGGCUGGAACAAGAUCGGCGCCGAGGGCGCCACUGCGAUCGCCGAGGCGCUACGAGGCAACGAGGUGCUGACUAACCUCGACCUCGCCGACAACGACAUCGACAACGAGGGCGUCACUGUGAUCGCAGAGGCGCUGUGCGGCAACGGGGUGCUGACCAACCUCGUGCUCAUGGGCAACAAGAUCGGCGACGAGGGCGCCGCUGCGCUGGCCUCUGCUCUUCGCGUCAACGCGGUGCUGACCUCCUUGGACGUGGGCUACAACAGCCUCACCGAG